GUCGACAACAGUGCACUUCAAGAUGAUGACUUCUACCACCUAAUUCACCAGAACGGAGUAGAGAGCGUAGGGUGACCGUAUAUGGCACCGUAAAUGGUUAUUUUGAAGAUAAAUUUACAAGUAAAUAGUUGCAAGAUGAAGUAGAUGAUAGUUCAACUCCCUCUCAGCAAGAGAGGAGCGGGAGCGGUUUCGCAGCAUGUCCAAGCUUCUACUCGUAUUUGGAUUGUUGCUCGCUCUUGCACUGUCAGCUCUUGCGAACCCAACAGAUGUCUGCAUUCGAGCUGUGUUUCCAAGGCUUAUCACGGAGUGUGAAUUACUUCCUAAGAACAGCUUACACACUGGCUCAAACUCGUCGGGUAUCAACUUGCGUAAUGCCGUGCAAGACAUCGUGGCCUGCUUUAGCGACCUUAACCAGAGCCUAUCAAUCCUCGCUCCCAACGUGUCUUCGACCUCUUUUGCGAGGGCACAGAUUGGUUAUCUACAGCAGCAGCGACAGCAGGCGACGAAUGCCACCCCGGCGCACGUUGACUUCACACUGACCGGCAUGGCCACAUGGGGCCGUACUCUGGCGCAGAUCGGUGGGGUGGCCCCAGGGUUUGUAGGACUGGCUGCGAAUGCGACAGUGGAUGAAACCUACGACGCAUGGCUGGUGGACCCCAUUGCGCUGGCUGACUUGUACGACAGCGGCCUGACACUGGAUCUCAGCCAUCUGGUGCUGGACGACUCGUACAGAGAGCAGAUCCAGUGGGUGGGCAUCCACCAGCUGCUGAGGGCUAGCGUGGUGGUGGCGGAGGGCUCGGUGGCGGCGCUGCCAUUUGGGGGCUUGGUGUACCAGAUGUACUACCGUAGGGACGUGCUCGCGGCUCACGGCCUGGACCCGCCCGCCACCUGGGAUGAGUUCCUGGCGGCGGCCCAGCGUGUCAACGGCACCGACAUGAACGAGGACGGACAGCCGGACUACGGGGUUUGCCUGCAGCGCGCGAGAUACUGCUGGAACAGCUUCAGCCUGGUGUCCAUUUGGUCCUCCUUCAUCCAGAGCGAGGGCACCCAGCAGGGCGCCUUCUUCGACCCCGCCACCAUGCAGCCCCUUGUCAAUAACAGCGCCAUGCGGGAGGCCUUGCGCAUCUACCGCGCCCUGCAAGACUACGGCCCGCCCGACGAAGUCUCCGCACCCUGCCAGGUUUUCAACGAGCACUUUGUGCGUGGGCGCUGCGCGCUGACGCUGAGCUGGGGGUACCAGUUCAAGGCAAACACGUUCCUGCCGUACUCGUAUGUACGGGACAGGGCGAGCGUGGCGCUGCUGCCUGGAAGCACCAGGGUCCUCAACCGCACCUCGGGCCAGCUGCAGCCCUGCUCCUCCACCCUCGUCUGCCCCUACGCACAGGAGACUCCCGCUGCUGGCAGCACCAGCAGCAGCAGCAGCUCCAACGGCAGUAGCAGCAGCAGCAGCACCCCUGCUGCAACCACCACCACCCGCCUCGUCAACCGCGCGCCCUACCUGGCGCUUGCCAGCGUCUCAGUCGCUGUGUCCACUCGCUCCAGCGCGCAGCAGCAGACGCACCUGCUGGACAUGUUUGCGUACCUGAGCUCGCGAAACGUGUCUUGGGACCUUGUGACCAGCAGCACGACAGAGCUGGGGCCGUACAGGUACGAGCAUUUCGAUACGGCCAAUCUGGAUCAGUGGGUGCGGCGCGGCUACCCCGGGGCCGCCGUGCGGGAGUUCUUGUCGGUCAUGAAGGCACAGUUGGACUCGCCAAACGUGCUGCUGGAGGUGCGCACACUGGACGCCUACGCCUACCGCCACCUGCUGGACACCUUUGCCACACAGCUGAGCGAGGCUGCUUCUGGAGCCAGUGGGGGCAGCAGCAGCGGGACAGGCGACCCGUCAGCAGCAGUGGACCGCCAGGUGCAAGCGGCACUGCAGGGCUUGGCGGAAGCGUUGAAUGAGGUGUAUGUGGGAGGCGGGGGCGGGAGCAUCAAUGCCACUCGUGCGGCCGCACGUCGGAGGUACUAUCUGUACAGCAUUGGCCUCACGUCUGAGUCUGAUUGGAUGCCUCCGCAACUGGACGACGGCAGCUCCACAGCUUCCUCUUCCUCCUCCUCCCGCCUCCGCACGGUCGUUCCGCUGGCUGUCGUGGUGCCGGUGCUGGUGGUGCUGUUUGUGACGGCGGGGGCGGCAGCGGUGUGGUUCAAUGCCGUACGGGAGAAGCGGCGUGAGGAGGCGCAGGCGCCCAAGGGCCCGCCGGGGCUGGGUGAGGACACGACGUUGAUGGUGUCGGAUGUGGAGGGCAGCACGGCGCUGUGGGAGGUGAUUAAGCCGGAGGUGAUGGACGUCGUGUUCAACCUGCACCACGACUGCAUGCGCCGUACGGCAGUUCGCUUCGGUGGCUACGAAUCGCAGACAGAAGGCGACUCCUUCAUCAUCGCCUUCCACUGCGCCGACAGCGCCGUACAGUUCGCCCUAGCGGUCCAACAAGCGCUCCUGGAUGAGCCAUGGCCACGGGAGCUGCUGGCGCAUGAAAAGUGCCGGCCCGUCUGGCUGGUGCGGACCGGCGCAGAGGUGCCGCUGGAUGUUCCCCUGGAGCCCACUGCGGUCGCACCGCCGCCACCGCCACCGCUGCCAGUCCAGCGGGCCAACGGCAACGGCUUCGAGCACUCCGGAGGCAGGCUGGCCGUGCCGCAUGGGACGGUGUCCUGCGAUGGCAGCCCGGGCGCUGCCACGCCGAGUGGCUCCCGGCUGGACCUACGGCGGCUUGUCGCGUGGCGCGGGAACAGCCGCUGGCGCGUGAAUAGUGUUGCGGAUAGUCUGGGGGACGGCGGCCAGACAAGGCGGCAGAGCGGUGCAGGCGACUUGGGGCCGGCUGCGGGAGGGCAGGAUGUGAGCGUGAGUGGAGGCGUUGCGGCGUUUGCGGAUGACAGAUCGGCCCAUGGGUCGGUGCAUGAAGAGGUCAUAGCGCCGGUCUUCUCAACAACUGGCAUGACGAUUGGGGCGUUGCCGGUGAGGUACAGCAGCGUCGCGGAUGCUUUGCGGGCAAUGUGGCGCGAGGUGAACGUCUCGGCACCUGACCCAUGGGCCCACAAUGGUGGCGGGAUGGGCCUGGGACGCUGGCAGAACGUCAAAACGGCGCUGCGGACGUCGAUGUCGUCGCGAAUCUCCGUAGCGACAGCAGCAGCGGCGUUAGCGUCAGCCAUGCCUGCAGCAGCCGCAGACGCUCCGCCGUCAUUCGUACGUUCACGGUCCCUACCUGCCAGAACACAGGACGCACGUGGCAGGCUCGGCACCACUUCUCCCAGGCUUACCUCCGUAGGCCACGGCCUUCUGGGCGGCGACGGCGCCGCCGCCGCGGCUGCCGUCAGCGACGUGGAAGACGACGCGGCGCAGCGCUGCUUCUCAGACAACGGGCAUGGGCAUGCGGUGGAGGAGGAGGCGCCACCGCAGCUGCCGUUGCCCGGUGCUUCGAGGUUCUGCAGCACCAGCUCAACGGCGGCGGCGGCGAUGCAAACCCAGAUCACUCAAGAGCGUGGUAGCGGGGGCAGCCUCGCUGCUAGCAACGCAGCAGCAGCUUUUGCGUCCGCUCAUCCGCGUUCGCUGGGACGGCGGCUGGCAGCGACGGUUACUGGUCUGGGUAUGGCGAGGAGUGCAAGCGGCCGAACGGAUCCAUCUGGCUUCGCGAUGUCACAGACGGCGACAACGCUGCAGACCUCCCGCUUCACGCCAUCGACGCCGCCCCUGCGGGCCAGUCUCAAGCACCUGCUGCUGAGGAGCACGCAGCAACAAAGCCAUCACCCUCGGCCCAUGUCGCAGCCCCAGCCACAUGUGGCCCCUCAGUCGCAGACGACCACACCCCAUCAGGGCCCUCCGCAGUACCACCUCCGGCACACUAGCGGCGGGCACCUCGCCCCGCCGUUCGGCUUGGAGCAUGCGGAGGAACGCGCAGCCGCGCCUCCGGAGCAGUGCACGCUUGUACGGCGAGGUCUCAUGGUCCGAAUAGGCUUGCAUUCGGGUGUACGGCACAUGACCGACCUUCAGUACAGCGAAGUGGCGGCGCGCUGGAAGUACAGCGGCGAGAUUCUGGCGGCCGCAAAGGCGGUCAGCGACGCUGCCAACGGCGGGGACGUGUUCAUCAGCGCUGCCUGCCUCUCUCGCCUCGGCCAUGACUUCCUGUCCAAGCGCUGUCGGCUGCUGUACCUAGGACGGCACGUGCUGCGAGGCGGCGACCCUGCCGCUGCGGCAGCGGCAGCUGCCGCCAGCCAUGACCCCCCGCAACCCGCACCCGGGGCCGUGGCGGAGCUGUACGCUGUGUAUAGUCCGAAGCUGCUGCCGCGGUUGGGGCUGUACAGGCCGCCUCGUACGGCACAGUCCCUAGGGAUGUCGGCGCUGGAGGCGCCGCUAGGGCGUGUGGCGUACGGCGUGGUGAUGUGUCACAACCUAGCUGAGAUGGCACUGCACCAUGAGUCGAUCCCGGCGUCAGUGGUUUCGGAGGCCAAAACCGCGCUGGGCUCCAUCACGGCAGACCAGCUGCUCGCCUGCCAUGGAGUCAUGGCUGCGCCUUCGCCGCAUUGUGGUGUGGGCGCUGUGGCGGGGGCCUUCAGGAACCCCUAUCACGCGGUCUUGUGGGCCCUGCAAUCGCAGGAGGACUUGUUGAGGCAUCCCUGGAGUCAGGAGAUGCUGUCGCAGGAGCAGUUUGAGGCUAUCGUGGUUCCAGAGGCCGCGGCGGACGCCCUCGUGUCCCCAAACACGGCUCCCACAUUGCGGCGCGGAGGGCCCUGGGGACAGGAGCUGGCGGAGGAGCAGCUGCGUGGUGCGCCAGGCGUGCCGCCGCCGCCGUACAGUGGUGGCGGCGCUGGCGGCGGCGGCAGCCGAGGCACUGGUGACGGCGACGCCAACAGCACUGCAACGGAUCCCGGCGGCGCCAGCGCGGUCCCGCCCCCGCUACCUGCCUGGGCCGCAGUCACCCAGGCGCAGACCAGGAGCGAGCGCUCGCUGCUGUCGUGCGAAGACGGGGUCACAGGCGCGGCGGGGGCGGGGGCAACGGCGGCACCCACCCAGGCUGCUGGGCUCAUGGUUUCCGACCCGUCCUCUAUCUGCGGCAGCAACUCCGUCCGGGGCCUCUCCUCCCUGCCGUCAUGGACCCGCUCCAGCGCUCCCGGAGGCGCCGCAACGGUGGCUGCGGCUCGCCUUGGACCUCCCCGCUCCGCAACCACCACCGCCGUUGUCGCAUGCUCGGCUUCCAUUGCUUCCCAGACAGGAGCGGCGGGAUUGGCGGCGGCGGCGGCCCCCUCAACGGGUUCGUCUUACAACCCGGUAGCAGCAACCAUGCCGCGAUGCGAGAGCACGAUUGAGAUCUGCACUACGGACGGCGAGCGGGAAUCUAUACCAGCUAGGCCCACUCCAUCUGGGUUGAGCGGUUGGUCUUCGUCCGUAAUGGCAGCAGCAGGCACCUCCAUCUACGGACCCAAUCCAUCGCCGACCUCGCCUCCUCAGCCGUCGCAUCCUCCUCCUCCGCCGCCGCCGCAGCUGCAAGCGCAUGCGUCAUGCGGAGCUGUAGCGCAGCAACAGUGGCCUGUCUCUGACGACAGCAACCCUAAAUGUCCGCCGGCACUGCCGCCAGCGCAGGCAGCGCAGGGGAGCGUGACCGUUACCGGCAUGGGGCCAGCGUCAGCCGCGGUUCCCGUCACGGGUGAGGUGGUGCUGUUCCGAGGACCGCGGAUCAAGGGAGUGAUCACGUUUGGAGCCCUCAAGGCAUCGCUUGACCCCCUGACGGGUCGUGUUCGCUACGAGGGCAAGGCGGUGUCGCAGGCGGUCAAGAUGAUGUCGUACGCGGCCAUCGGAAUGGUGGUCGCCUCGGUGGAGGCCGUGGAGGCUGGGCAUGUGGAGGACAGCGAGGCGGAAGGUACUCCUGGCGGAGGCGGAGGGGGAGGCGGCCGCGCCGCCGGGACAGUCCCCAGCGGCUGCACUCCGCGCCAGGUCAGCACUGCUACCGAGCCCCCUGAUGACAAACAGCGGCAAUGCAGCAUGACGUUGCGGCUCCCCGCUCCCGUACGGCCGGCAUCGCCGCCGCUGCCGCCGCAGCUGACAAUCAGCCGCACGGACUCCUUCCUCAACGACCCGGAGGGACCUUCCGCGGCGAUGGCAGCUGCCGCCAAGGCCGCCGCUGCCGCCCUGCUGAACCUUGCGCCCAGCGGCGGGAGCUUCGUGCAGGGGGGCUCAGCGUCCUCAUCCCGUCGCAGUAUUCCGCUUGAUUCGCUUUCGCGCCGGGAUUCAUUGGCGCAGUUGGCAGCAGCGCUUGGGGCACCGAACGGAGCGGGCCUCGCAAAUUCGGGGCCCCUCUCUCGCCGCCGGUCACCAGCGCGUGCACACAGGAAGAAGCGGACCUCCGAUGCCACCGACGCCGCGGACGCGCCCAGCGGGCCUCUUAUCAUGGCUGCGGAUGGCGCGGGCGGCUCGCGUUUCCCCUCGGGCUACAGCACCCCUGCUUCCGGUCCGAGUUACAGCUACACACAUAACCCGUUGUACGGCACAGGCGCCGGCAGCGGCGCUGCCUCACCGCUGCGACCAGACAGCCGCGCGCACUCGCGCACUGCGGUCCGGGCGCUGUCAAACCUGAACCCUGACAGUCGCCAGGGCUCCCGUACCAUGAUGCACCGCACGAGCGGCCUGUCGGUUCCGGCAGGGCCUGCGCAGUACCAGCCGCCACUGCCGCCAGCGCAGCUGCAACAGCUGCUGCGGCCGCUGGCAGCGGCGCGGCGCCGGCGGGCUUCCAAGGUCACGAGGGGCCCUUCCGCGCAUGCGCACAUGGAGCGCGACGCCAGCGGAACCAAUGGCGUUUGUUCCACGCCGACAUCACCCGUCGCAGCUGCAGCGGCGCCUGGGGAGCAUCAUGCGCGUGCCGCAGGCGCACUGCCCGAGGGCAGCCCGCUGUGGGUGGGCUCGCCGCCGUCAGGCGCCGUGGAUGCCUUUUUGCGAACAUCGCAUGGGCCGCCGCUUGCAACCUCGCGGCGGUCUAGGCGGUCGCAUGGCUCAGACGCAUCCUCGAUCUCAGAUGCCCCGCGUGACCCCUCGACACGUGCGUUGCGCAGCGCCGCCGCAGCCACUGCGGUGGCGACGGCAGAUCCGGCGAAGGAGGGCUCAAUUGGUAGCUCGGGUGAUUGCGGCAGCCCGCCGCUUACACCCAGGCGCCUGCCGGUGGGCCUCGAGGUAGCGCCCUUGAGGCGACGUCGCCGAGCCUCCCGGCGUCUGCAUGCACAUCCCGCAGCAGCCGCAGCACCCUUGCCGCUGGCAUCAUCUCCCCGCUCUCAAGGGCUGCGAUUGGGGCCGGAACCGCAACCACCCUCAGACUCGCUGACGGGUUCUGGGGCUGAGACGGGUCAUGAGCGUCAUGUGAGGCCGCCGGUGCCACGGCCAUCCGGACAGGUGGUUGCGGCGACAUUGGAGGAGACGGUAACAGCAGCCCAGCCGGCGGCGGAGGCAGAGUCAGCGGCAAUUGACGCGUGCGAUUGUUCCUUCCCAACCUCGUUGCCAAUGCCCCCAGCUCCAGCUAUCCCCCCGCAGCAACAGCAGCAGCUGCGCUCUGAGGCUGCUGCUCGUGUCAGUGGCAGCGGCGGCGGUUGUGACAGCGGGGGCAGCCUGGGUCGCGCCAACGGCGAGGAGCCGGCACCCGAGCCCAGGGGUCGUCGGUCGCAGGACCUGCCGCAAGGCGCGCUGCUACCCACAGUCGGCGAGGAUUGCUCGCUGAACCACACCUUGGGGGCCAUCGCACGCGGCCGCACCUCGUCGCUGCGCCGGAGCUCGGCGCUAGGCAGUGCGGGCAAGCGCUGCUCCUCGCUCCGUCGCGGCGAUGCACCCACAGGCGUUCCGCUGCUGAUCGCGGUGGGUCGAUCGUCCUCACUCCGAGUAAGCGACAGCUCCUCGCCCUUCCCGCUUGUGUCCUCUGCUCCACUCGACGCCCUGCGGCAGCAGCAGCAGCAGCAGCUACCGUCGCCGAUACUGAUGCUGCAGCAGCGAGACUCAGGACGGGUCUUUCCAUGCACGGGCCACACCACAACUUCAGGGCUGCGCAGCGCGGCAGUGCUGCCUAGCGUGCAGGUGCUGUCCCUGGAGCAUGGUUCAGGUCCCCACAUCCACUCUGCGCACCACCAUCAGCAGCACCCUCUGCACCACCACCACCACCUCCUACACCACCUUCAUUACAAUGGCUCCAACACGCACUCUGCUGGUGGUGACGCCGGCCAAGGCAGCAGCCUGGGCGGUACAACUGGAGGCGGGGCAUCUGGCGUCUGCUCCUCCUCCGCUGUAGUGCUGCGCUGCGCCAGCAUUGAGCCCGAACACCACUACUCCAGCAGCGGCCUGCCUGCUGCUGCUGCUGCCGGACCGGCGCCGCAGACACCGACCCAUGGGUCCGCGCCGCAGGUUCCAUGGCCCGGUUCGUCCUCCUCGCGGAGCCCAAUGGCGCCGCCGCAGCAACGGUCCGAGUUUGCUGCGGCGGCGGCGCUGGCCAGCCCGUCCUGCCAGCGGCCCAGCCCCGGCCACUGGGCUCAGUGGCCUGCUGCAACGACCUCCGCGUCCUUCCUGAACGCGGGUGCCAGGAUUGGCAGCGGCUGCGGCAUGAACGGGGCCGCGCUGACUACCGCGCCCGCGGCUAUCAACAUUGCCAAUGCCAGCAGCGCCUUUGGGAGCAACGGCGGCGCUGGUGGCGGCGUCGGAGCUGCUGUGUGUUUGGAGGCGGGUGCCCCUCCCACAGUGGCGCUGCGCAAGACACUGGAUGUGGGGUUGGACCAGGUGGUGAUGCUGCCGGUGGCGCUGAAGAAGAGGGGCAGCUCGCAGCCGCUGGUGGUCUACCUGUGCAGGUUUGCCAGCAGUGCUAGGAUGUGCGAGAUGCAGCAGCGUCUUGUCACCAUGGGCCAUGGCGACACAACCGCAGCAGCGGCCGCAGCCGUCACUGCCGCAGCCGCGGCUGCUGCUACCAUUGCUUCCGGCAACGCAUCACUAACAACAGCAGCAGCCACCGAAGCUUCCUUCGCCGCCGUCGCGUCUUCCAUGACCAUGGAAGCCACGCCUGCCGGGAUCGUUUCCCCUCUGCCGUACAACAAACUCAGCGAUGGCCCCGGCACCAGCGGCUUGGCACCGGCACCUGCAGUCGCAGCUGCAGCCGGCACCAGCGGCGGUGCUGCCGCCGGUAGCCACAUGCUAGAGAAGCUUGAUUGGAAGCAUGUGGCAGGGCUGUUCAGCGGCACAGUACGGCAUGCCAGCCAUGACUCUGCGGCGGCAGCGGCAGCCGGUUCGCAUCCGCAGCCGCCGGGGGCUGCUGCGCACCUCCUUCCCCUGCAUGUGCCCGGCCAGGCGGUCCGCCGCGCCAGCCUCACGGGCUUCAUCGGCGGCCGCGGAGCGCACGACAUGCUGUCCCGCCGCAGCAUGAACCUGACGAGUCGUGCUGGCUGCUGCGAUAACAACAUGACGCAUGCGCAGCUCGCGUCACCGUCCGUAAUCCCACACUUGGGGCCGUUGCCGCCGUUAGGGGGCAACGUCGUUUCGGGUGGGAGUGUUGCGAUUAGCGCUCGGAGUGCGAGCCGCGGCGCCGGGCUGACUGGUGGCGGCGGCGGCGGCGGCAGUUUCAUGCGGCGCCUCCGUCGAGCCAGUGUGGAUAUCACCUCGCCCAAGCGGCGGCAAGGUCUCGUAGUCAGCGCCCUGGGGCAUGCACUGUAUGGCGGCGUUGCAUUACCGCAGGGGGAGGUUCGAACGAUGAACGUGAAGCGGGUGCAACGCGCCACCUGCGUCAGCGGCCCCGCGCAGCACCUCCUCGCAGCGCUGCCGCCGCCACAGCAAGCAGCGGCCGCAGCAGCCGCAGCAGCCGCAGCGAACGCCAGCACCGCAGGCAGCACCGCAGGCAGUACCGCCACCCACGCCGCCGCUGCUUCAGCCACAUUGCCGUACAUCAACAGCUUGUACAGCACCGGACAUCACACCACGUACGGAGUUGGCACCCAUGGCCCAACGCCCAGCAUGCCCCUGCCCAGGCAGCCGCUGCCAUCAGCCCCUCCCACGCAUGGCUACGCCGCCACAACUGGCAGUGCCGGCUUCGCCAGGCCAUCCACGGCUGGCGCAUCCUUGCUACAGAGCGUGAUGCGACACCUUGGACCCCAUCCCGUAAUGGUGUCAAACCCGCUGGCAGACAGAUCGGCCGUUAGCUGCGAGGAUGGUGACGGUUGUGGCACCAACGGCAUUACGCUGACGCAACGAGCAGUCUCGGCAUCACAAGCUGAGGCUGCCGUGGUGGCGGCGGUGGUGGCGGCUGCCGGCGGCAGCAACGGCAGCUACGAGGAGUCGACCGGCGCUGCAGCAGCAGCCGCCGCGGCGGCGGCGGCGCCGACGUCGUACGAGAACCCUAGCGCCACUCCCAGCAUCACCUUGUCGGUCAUCGCCGGCGGUGGUGGAGGCGGUGGUGGAGGCGGUAACACCGCAGCGGCUGCCCCCGCAUUCGGUCCUGGUGUGUUUCUGCAUUCCACAUCGACAUCCUCCCAGCAACUUAUUAUCGUGGGCGCUGCAAACAACAGCAACGGCGGUCAGGAGGGCGCUGCGGGCGGUGGUAGUGGCAGCAUCGGGAGCUUGUGGGAGUUCUCCGGGCUGCAGGCGGCGUUUCGCGCGACCGGUGGCGGUCGUACCACGCCGCAACGCAGCCGACUGAUGACGCCCACGGAGGAGGGGCAUGAGACCGAUGGAGAGGGUGGCUGUGAAUGAGUGGGACAGGCUGGAUGAGGGCGAUAGGUAAUGAGAGAUGUGUGGGAGUUAGGGGGCCGUUGCGGGAGGGUCAUUUCGCGGGGUCGGUGCGAUAGGGGUUCUCUAAGGAAAAUGGUCGUACUUUACACUGCGUUUGGGUGGCAGGUAGAUUGCCUCUUAAGACGCAUGCCAAUGUUGGGUGAAGUAUGUUGCUUACUUACAGGGGGUUUACGUACGAUGUCUUGCGGUCCAGCGGGCUGAGGCCCUGCCGUUGCAAAGGGGCCCUGGGUUGUGCGUGGUGAGCUUUUGCUGUUGCCGUGAAGUGCAGUUGCAGUUGCUGUUGCUGUUGCUUGUCUUCCUUGCUGUUGACUGCUGCUGCUGCUGUUGCACAUUUGUUUUCAUCUGAGACGAUGACGAAGGAGGCUGAAUGCUACCCACGUUCCUGUGCAUGCAUUUCCUGACUAAUUUUCCCUUUCAUGAAUGCGGGCCGGUACAGCCCGAAAAACGGGCGAAUUUUGCAAGAGGAUUUCCUCCCCCGAAUGCGCUUGGUUGUACCGUUGGUCAGUGAAGAGAAAGCAACGUGUAUCCUAUGUAUGCAGCAGGUGCGAACAAGGUGUAUGUUGUGAACAAGUGUGGCGUUGCAAGCGCGGUGCUUUCGUGAAAAUGAACAUGCGUAAGAUUGAGCAUAGGACUUUGCAUGUGAGGGUCACGGUACAGGUAGCCAUGACUUGGGUCCUAAGCGAUGGGGUGCGGCCAUGCGCCUGCGGGUUGUUCUCUUGACAUGUGGGGGGUGACUCUACGUGCUGCAAUGCUUUUGAGGUGGUUGGUUGGCGGGGUCAAAAAUGCUGUCCUUGCGUUGGCUAGAUACUGGAGAGCUGAUGGUUCAUUGGGGGUUAACAGUACUGUGGACUUGUCGUGUUCUGAACGUUUUUUGAGACCCUGUGUACCCCGGCGGACCGAUGCCCUGGGAAUGCCCAGUGACCGCAUGCGACUGUGUUGCUCCUGCAGUGGUAACUGACGUUGGUCGUGUACUUACUGUGCAGACAUUAGUUUUAUUGGGGAUCGAGCUGAAUGCUAGUCGCACAGGGGAGUCAGCAUUGAGCUGGCCCCUUAAGAGGUAUGUUCCGACAUGUUUCACUACGGUGAUAAAUUGUGAAAUCUCUGGCCGUACAACGGCCAUCUGCACAUAUACCAUACAAGGGGAAGAUGCGUGUGAAGGUGAUUCUACUAAACUUUGUGUUUCUCCUGUUGCAGCUCGUCCAAAUACUUUUGUCGCAUACAAUUGGCGCAUACAAUUGGAGGGGGGCCGGUGGUGAGGACCAAGGGCGCACCUUGUACCCAUUCGCCGCACUCGCGUGCAGGGUGUUUCCGGUUUUACGAUUCAGGGCACGCCGCCUCGACGCCUACCUGUAGCAUCAUGUGUACUGAUGUCCUGUCUUGUAGGCCCCGUGCGUGCCAGGAUAUGGCUGAUUCUGAGGCUUGCGACCAUAGCCUUGCGGGGAGGUGCAUGACGGCUCUGGCCGUUCUUGUUAGUGUAACACCGGUACCGUAC